AAAUUUUUGUUCCAUUAUGCAUUGCCACAUCUAACAUUACUAAUGUAAAAAACCAAAAACUCGACAUGGAUAACUUUAAAUAAAAGUUAAAAGGAUAUUGGAAAAAGUAUAAUUCAGUACAGGAUUCAGGAUUGCAAGGGUUUUUGCAGAGCGCUCUUUCAUUCUCUCUCACACACACAAUGAGCAGCACAGUCGGAGCUGAAAAGACAGAGGAGGAACUACGGAAAGAGAUCGAUGAGCUCUAUCGCCAACAGCGUGAGAUUUCGGAGCGGCUUCGAGAUCCCAGAGGGAUUCGCCGCGGUGGCCUUUCAGGCGCCGGACCUCGCAAUAUCGCCGCCAACGGCGGCCGCCAGCGUGGCUUUGUUCGGCCUGCUGAGAGGAAUGAUGCGGAGGACCGGCCACCAGCCAAGAGGCGACUAUCUUCAGCUGUUGUGAAGGUUGAGGAUGGAGAAAUAGCAGAGGAUGGAUCCGAAGAUGCAAAUGACGUGCAAAAGAACAAUGCAUCGGUUAAUACAGGGCCGAAUGCUAAUGCAAAUGCAAAUGCGAAUUCGAGGCUGGGUGAGAAAAUGCAAUCAAAUUGGACUGCGAGGGAUGCAAACCAAAGGCCAUCUAAAAUGGACUUUGACAUCCCUCCAGCCCAACAUACACCAAGGGUGUUGCCUAAGGACGAGGACCCUAGUCUGGUCAGCAGGAACAAGAGGAUGUUAGGCCAGCUUCUUGGGACUUUGGAGAGAUUCAGGAAAGAAGACAUGCAACUGUCAGGCACAGAGGCAUAUAUGAAGAGAUCUGACUCUUUGAGAAGGGUGGGUCAGCUUGUCUUUCUCUUCUUAUUGGCCAUGGCUUUGGAUCAAGCCAUCAAGGAAAUUGAUUUUGCUGAGCAACGAGCACGUGAAGAGAGUGAAAAACUGAGGCAGCAAGAGCGUGAACAGAUUGCUGAAAAGCGGAAGAGAGAUUUGACUCUCAGAGCACGUAUUGCUGCAAAGGCAGAGGAAAAGAAGUUGGAAUUGCUGUUUCUACGGUGGAGUGAGCACCACAAAAAACUUGGAAAUUUCAUAAGGACCAAGGCAGAGCCCCCUAUUUAUUACACGUUCACCAAACCACUUGAUCAAGGAGCAACUCCCUCUGAGGAGCAGAAAGACCAGAUGUUUCAAGAAUGGAAAGCUGCAAGGAGAGAAGAACUAUCACAGUACCAAAAGCAGAUUUCAGAGCAGUAUGUGGCGAACGUCGAUAACGAGCUCGAGAGGUGGCAAAACGGGAGAAAGAAUAGAAGGGGUAAUAAUAACAUGACGGCAAACUUACAGGAGACCAUGGACAAAGAACUGGAGACCCAUCAGCUAGAGCAUGGCCCUAAGACUCGAAAAAUCCCUGGAAAUAAUGAAGAUGAGGAUGACGUGGAGGAUAUAAACGCGGCAGAGGAUGAUGUCAUGGAUGAUGUGCUUGGUGUCGAGGAGAACACGAAAACUGAAGUUGGCAGCGGUAUCCUGCGUGAAAAUGUUGACGAGACAGCGAGAUCUGAGGCGGCAAUUGGUGGCCCGCGUGAGAACUAGAAAGAAAUAUUGGGUCUCUGAGUUGCUUUACAAGAUUAUUUGUCUAGUGUUAAUGUGUGAGGCUUUUUUUAUCUCAGAUUGUUAGGUAACGUUAUAUUUGUUUUUGGAAUUUGGAUAUUCUUCAGUGUCAAUGUUUUGUGUUUAUGAUUUUUUUUUUCUUCUUCUAUCGAGUUUCUUCGGCUGGAUGUUUUGGGAUUUGGAGUUGUGAUGGCGACCCAUUUAUAGGAUGGGGUAAUGUGUUGUUAUUAUUUGAGGUUUUUGUUUGUCUUUGUCGGAUGUCAAUGGAGCAUGAGGGUUUAAUAGAGUCCAAUGAAAAUGUCCAAAUAUUAGGGAAUCGAUUAACUUCUAAACUGUGCUUGCUAAAUGGUUUUGUAAAUGGAAUUCUUUGAUCUUCACCAAGCAUUCAUCAUUCUAUAGCAAACAUAAGAACAUAGUAGUGAGAUAGAUGAGCACAAAGUAGAGAGAUGA